AUGGCCGCCUACAGUGACGACGAGUGGUUGCCCAGGGACAAGCCCCUGGCGAAGUCGACUCUGCAGAAAAUAGAGGGGAAAAUCGACCUCGAUCUAGGGUUUGACCGCGGCACGGAUUUCCAUGCGGCGGCGGAUCUCGCCGGAUCCCUGCCGGAGAAAUGGCCGGAGGAGGCCGGGGAGGUCGAGGAGGGAGGAGGCCGGCCGGAGGAGGCGGCACCGGCAGCGGGGUCGCCGGGGCUUGACGCGGGGAGGCGUGCGCGGGCGUCGGGCGGGGCGGCGAGGCGCGCCGGCGAGAGGGCGGCUCGGGGUGGCGACCGCAGGGAGUCCGGCAUCGCGGGCGACGAGGUCGCCGGCCGGCACGGAACGGGGCGUCGGCGGAACCCGGGCGGCGGGGACGGGCUUCGGCGGCGGGGCGCGGGCUCACGCGGGCCGGGUCUGGGCCGCGCGGUGGAGUGA